UGGGGCCGGGAGGGGCACAGCACGAAUCGUUUGUUGGUGUGAGGUUGGUUCAGGGGUGUCGGUGGCGGCCGUCUGAAUGACCUCCUCACCCAGUCGCCCCACACACCAGUGGCCGGCUGUACGACCACACUCAGCCGGCGCGAGGCUCACUGGUGUGGGGACGGUCGUGUGCGACAGCUGGUGCUCACCAACAGCAGUCACCCCUUCGUCGCAUGGGUUGAGAUUCUGACAAUUGGAAACAACACCGGUCAGCGUGACAGAGAGGCAGUGCUGCUGGUCAAAUGUCGAGCGUUCUUCUUGCCCUUUCUCUGCAGUCGAUGUCCGUGUCGUGACGACUGAGGCGGCUGUGUGUGAGAGGGGUGGUCUGUUCAAGCACGGCUUCCCCGUCACCACUCAGCUGGCUCGCGUGGCGUUGGGGGCGGUGGGGCCAUUCGUAUUCGACGGACAAGUACAGCAGCAGCAGCAGCAGCAAAAGCAAGAUGACGACAGCGACGACGGUACGGACAGAUGGAUGGAUGGAUGGAUCCAUGAUGUGCCUUCUCUCUCUCUCUCUCUCUCUCUGUGUGUGCAGAUGCGGACGAUGGCAGCGGAGAUGGGAGUGACGAUAUGGAUGACGGCGGCGGAGGUACACACAACAGAGGCCCCCACAUCGACCUGCGCCACCCAUGGCUGUGUGUGUGUGUGUGUGUGCCUUGGGCAGGUGACGGUGGCGCAGCUGAGGCGGAGGGCGGCGACUGACCGAUCCAUCAGCCAACACGCACUGGUGGUGCGCAGCGAUACAUCCCCUCUGUCACCGGGGGGGGAGGCCAACCGGACAGGAUUGUUGAGCUGCGUUGUAUGUGUGAGACAUUCUCUCGUGGCUGCUCGGAGUGAUUGGACGAAUAUCAUUCGGUGUGUGUCGUGCAUGUUGG